UACCAGACGAGGAGGCUAUCGAACCGAAAGGAGGUUUUGUCGGUCAACAUGAUCAGCCUUCCUCUGGGUGAUUUCCGGCAUCUCUCUCACAUCGGUGCAGAUGGACACACGGACAGUUUUGGAGACCUGUCGUUCCUGAAGGAGGGCCACAGUCUUCUGCUGCAGAGCUCCAAGAGCGAGCAGAACCUGUUCCUCCCGCCGCCGCCCAAGCCGCCUCGAGUCAACCUGGACGAAGCGGGCCGGUGCAGCCCGGUCUGGGAGCACACCCCGGCCCAUCAGAGGCAGAAGUGCAGCUCGAUUCCCCUCCUGGACACGGAGGAAGACGAGGACACGUGUUCACACACAGAGACGACCGGCAUCAGCUGGAGUCCUGCACGCGGCAGCUUGAGCUCCGGACGGGAUUCGACCCAAACCAACCCAGAGGAAACACAGCCGGACCAAACAGACACAGCGUUCACGUUCAGUCUGGAUCUGGGACCCACCAUACUGGACUCCGUGCUGCAGGUGAUGGAUAAAGUCCAUCAAUAGAGUCGUGAACUGGAAAUAGGGCUGUGCGAUAUAGCCAAAAAAUCAUAUCUCGUUGUUUUUUGGCUGAAUUGCGAUAUGCGGUAUACCAGACAUAGUAAGAUUGUUAAUGUCUUUUAAAGAAGUCUCUUCUGCUCACCAAGCUUAAAUUUAUUUGAUCCGAA